AUGGAGCCAAGUCGUGAGUCACCACCGCCUGCACAAGGGGCCCGGCUCCGGGGAUCCCAGCGCGCCGCGCCCCCAAGUCACGAAUUCCGGGUCCGGCCCCCGCGCGCCGUCUGUUCCCGCAAGGGCGACCCGCGCGGACCCGCGGAGCCGCGCGCAGAGUCCCCGCCGGCCGCGCCGCCCGCCCUGGACGCCGGGUCCGGCCCGCCGGGUGCCCACACGGGGCGGCGGCGCCCCCUCAGCAGCCCGCCGGCCGCCCCCCGCCCGCGAGGCCGCGGCGACGACGCCCGCUCCCCCCGCGAGGCGCGCGGAGCCGGAGCCCGACAGCCGCUGCCGGGGGAGGCUUGCCCCCCGGGGCCGCCUCCGCCCCACCGGGCAGCCUGCGGGAAGGACCCCAUCGGCCGAGCGGCGGGCGGGGCCGGGACGGCGGGGCUCGCGGGCCCGGGGCCCCUCCCAGAGGCAGCGCCCUCUGCCCGGCAUCCCGAGCCCGCGUGCCUGGGCGGGGCCGGGGGGCUCCGGGCCGGCCUCGCCGCCCACACGCGCCGCCCUGGGAGGGGCUCCCGCGGCCGGGAGACCGCGAGGGGCACCCCCGAGGCCCCCGGCGCCUCCCCACGGACCCUCACCCCUCCCGGGGCCCGUCCCCGGCCGCGGACCCCUCGCGGCGGCCGAGCCCAGCAGCCGGGCGGCCGGCCGGGGUCAGGCAGUCGCCCCGCGCAUGCUCCGAGGCUGCGCGCGGAGGCCACGCCCACCUCCCCGGACGGCCCAAUCUGCGCCCGGGGGCGCGUCGGGUCGGCUGACGGCGGCAGAUCCUGCAUCCGGAUUGGGCAGCGCGCUGCGGGGGGCGGGCCUCGGGGGCGGACCCGGAAGUGCCGCGCCGCUCCGGGCGGCUGCGCUCGGGCCGGGCUGCAUGGCGGCGGCGCGGCGGCGCGCCCCGAGCUCCCCAGCCUGUGCGUUGCCCAGGGCCCGUGGAGACUGGAAUGUGGGGUCCCACCAGAGACCCCUGGGUCGGCGGCCGCAGAGCUGCCUCCUCUCAGCCUCUUGUUUGUUGAGAAAGUGCUGAAGAGGCUUUUUGCGGGAGCACCGGGAGCUGGGGAGCAGGGGGCACCUCCCGCCCACCAGGAAGCUCCAGAGAGCGCGGAGCCAGGGCCAGAGGCGGAGCCUGGGAGGGCCUGGGGCGCUCGGCCGCCAGGUGGGGGCGCCCCGCGGCCAGGUGUGCGUGCUGCAGGCGGCCCCAGCCAGGCCCUGGCCAGGAGGCGGCCCUACACCGUGAGCCUGCCGCCCGAGGGGUACCUGCCUGCACCCCUAGCCCCACCCUGCGGCCCUGACGCCCCGAGCCCCAGUGGCAGCAGCAGCAGCAGCAGCAGCAGCAGCGAGGAGGAGGACCAGGAUCCUCAUGAUCAGCCAAAGAGAAGAAUUCGAAAGCACAAGUCAAAGAAAAAAUUUAAAAAUCCCAAUAAUGUUCAUGUAGAACAAGCAGAAUUAGAGAAACAGCAAAGCCUUUUACAAAAAGAAUUGCAGCCGCAGCACACAGAUGGCCCCACAAUAAGCAAAAAUAAAAAAAGGAAACUGAAAAAGAAGCAGCAAAUUAAAAGGAAGAAAGCAGCUGGUCUGCUGACAAAACCAAGCCCCGGCUUGGACUUCACGUACCAGCCCGAGGCCUGCGGGCAGGAGCCGGCCCCGCAGGGCGAGGAGGCGGGGGAGGCCGGGGACCUGGCCGGGGCCUCCCCGCCCGCCCAGAGCCUCCUGAGCUUCCUGAAGUCCACGCAGGAAACUUACUUUUAUGACGGCGUCUCCGACCCGGCUGUCUCCAUGGAAACCGCGGAGGGGCUCCUCCGGCACCUGGAAACCCACGGCCUGGCGCCCUCGGACCUGCGCCUCCUGGACCACAUGCAGACGCUGCUGCUGUCGGGGGACGCCGCGGGGCUGCGGGGAGCACUGGAGGCCUUCCCGGGACGCUGCGAGCUGCCGCCCGACCAUGCCAGAGUAAUCUCAGCGCUCUUUAGUUACUGGAUCACACACGUUCUUCCUGAAAAACAGCAGUGAAGUCGCCUAUUCACAGACAGCUAAUAUUUAACAAGAAAAUAUCAAAGACUAAUGUGAAGUACCGGAGACAUGACUCCUGUGUGCAAAGAUGAAAUCAGCUAUAUUUUCUCUUUAUUCCUGUUUUGAGUGUUGUUAUCAUGAAAGAAUGUUGGAUUUUGUCCAAAGCGUUUUCUGCUUCCACUGGGAAUGUGUCCCCCUUUGCGUGUGGUGUCCUGUGGGCGCCCUGCAGGCGUCCAGCGCUGCCCUGGGCAGCCCGGGGGGGACGUGCGCCUUCUGGCCACUGAGCCUUGGUGGUGAGCAUUUUGUUGAGGAGUUUUGCCUCAAUAUUUGUGAGUCCAAACUGGACUGUCAUCUUCUAUCUUUUUUUUU